AAAAAAUGUCAUUAGAAGAGGCGUAACACGUCAGUCCGUCCCCAGGUUUGUUUCCUGGAGUGGCUGAAAGAGAUCAGUUCUAACCUGCCCAGCAGGAAUAACGGUCCUUCUUCCAACUAUUUCUGAGGCUUAUUAUCAUUUUGCAAGGAUCCUCAAUUCUCCAAAUUACUUUUGUUCCAGCCGGUUUUUCCUCAACCGAACUAUUUGAAAAGAGAGUAACGUAAAUAAUAAGAUAUUGAGCCUGCGUGCUGCCGAUUCAAGGAGUCGAGUCCAUGCAAACUGCCAUCUGAUCCACUCUUAUCAAUGAAGCAGGAGAUCAUGGCGGAUGGCCCCAGGUGUAAGAGGCGAAAACAAGCCAACCCAAGGAGAAAAAACGUGUUGAAUUACGAGAAUGUGGUGGAAACGGGUUCGGAGACGGACGAGGACGACAAGCUGCUGAUUUCGGAGGAGGACGGCCUGCUGAACGGGGAGGGCAGCCCCGCGAGCGAGCCCAACCACGUGGCCUCGCCCCGGGUGGGCCACGCGCUGAUGACGAAGGAGGACGAGGACGACGACAUGAGGGACAGCGGGGUGGACCACGUCUGGCACGACAACGACAUGCUGCCAGCCUCAGUGGACGGCACUGAUGAAAUGAAGGAUGAGUAUGACACUAUGGGGCCUGAAGCCACUCAUCAGACAGUUGGAAAUGGUACAGUUAAGAAUGUUGAUUGCACUUCAGAAUUUGAGGAGUUUUUUGCCAAGCGCAAGCUGGAUGACGGUGAGAGUCAUGUGGUCAGCAUCGCGGAGUACCUGCAGAGGGGUGACACUGCCAUCAUUUACCCAGAAGCCCCCGAGGAGCUGUCCCGUCUGGGCACGCCUGAGGCAAACGGACAGGAAGAAAAUGACAUACCACCUGGAACUCCAGAUGCUUUCGCCCAACUGUUGACCUGCCCCUACUGCGACCGGGGCUACAAGCGCCUGACAUCGCUGAAGGAGCACAUCAAGUACCGCCACGAGAAGAACGAGGAGAACUUCGCCUGCCCCCUGUGCAACUACACGUUUGCUUACCGCACUCAGCUUGAGCGACAUAUGGCCACGCACAAGCCAGGAAGAGAUCAGCACCAACUGCUGAACCAAGGAGCUGGCAACCGCAAGUUCAAAUGCACAGAAUGUGGCAAGGCCUUCAAAUACAAACACCAUCUGAAGGAACACCUGCGGAUUCACAGUGGUGAAAAGCCAUACGAAUGCCCAAACUGCAAGAAGCGCUUCUCUCACUCCGGCUCCUACAGCUCUCACAUCAGCAGUAAGAAGUGCAUCGGCCUGAUCGCCGUGAACGGGAGGAUGCGCAACAGCAUGAAGACCGGCUCCUCCCCCACGUCGGCAUCCUCCUCCCCCACCAACUCAGCCAUCACACAGCUCCGGCACAAGCUGGAGAACGGCAAGCCGCUGGGCCUCCAGGACCAGGCCAGCCAGCUCAAUAUCAAAACCGAACCACUAGACUUCAACGACUACAAGCUCAUGAUGGCCUCCCAUGGCUUCGGCGCACCUGGGCCUUUCAUGAACGGAGGGCUGGGGGGUGGGAGCCCCCUGGGGGUCCACAACUCGGCCCAGAGCCCCAUGCAGCAUUUGGGGAUGGGGAUGGACUCACAGCUCCUCAGCUACCCUUCCCUGGCGAACAACAUGAGCGAGGUGCAGAAGGUCCUCCAAAUCGUGGACAACACGGUGUGCCGGCAGAAAAUGGACUGCAAGCCAGAGGAGAUCUCCAAGCUGAAGGCCUACAUGAAGGAGCUCGGGUCCCAGAUGGAAGAGCAGAGGCAGGGGCUGACGUCCCCGGGGGCUCCCCCAGCUGGUCUUCCAGUAGUCAGCCACAACGGUGCUACCAAAAGCAUCAUCGACUACACCCUAGAGAAGGUGAACGAAGCCAAAGCUUGCCUCCAGAGCUUGACCACGGACUCAAAAAGACAAAUUAGCAAUAUUAAAAAAGAGAAAUCAAAUCACGUGUUAGACCUAGGUAGUGAGGAUAAGGUGCAUGACAAUAAUGUGCUCUUCACGCCUUUCUCUUGCCAAUACUGCAAAGAAACCUUUCCAGGUCCAAUUCCCCUACAUCAGCACGAACGCUACCUGUGUAAAAUGAACGAGGAGAUCAAGGCAGUUCUUCAGCCCAAUGAGAACAUGACACCCAACAAGCCGGGGAUGUUCGCAGAGAAGCACGCCCUCCUGCUCUCCUCCAUGCUGUCCGAAAAGGGAGUGGCGAGCCCCAUCAACCCGUACAAGGACCACAUGUCUGUGCUCAAAGCGUACUUCGCCAUGAACAUGGAGCCCAAUUCAGAGGAACUACUGAAGAUUUCCAUAGCGGUCGGUCUCCCUCAGGAAUUUGUGAAAGAGUGGUUUGAGCAGAGGAAAGUCUACCAGUACAGCAAUUCCAGGACCCCGCCAUUAGAACGGAACAAUGCAGACUUAGUGCUGACUGCCACCAAUCACACUCCCGCUAAAGACCCCUUGGUGGCCAGGUCUCCGGUGUCUCUGGUCAAGCAUGCUGACCGCAUCACGUCCCCCUCCAUAGCAGAGCUCCACAACAAUGUCAAAAAUUGUGACACCUCUCUCAGGCUCCCCAAAACUGCCCAGUUUACUGGGGGUAAGCAAAUGGGCGAAAAAUUGGACCACUCAAGGAGCAACACCCCUUCCCCCUUAAAUCUUUCUUCCACGUCUUCGAAAAACUCCCACAGUAGCUCGUACACUCCAAACAGCUUCACUUCGGAGGACCUCCAGGCUGAGCCAUUGGACCUUUCAUUGCCAAAACUCAUGAAGGAGCCUAAAAGUAUUCUGACUGUGAAAAACAGGCUUAAACUCAACAGUAUAACCAUUGACCACAACAGUGUUUCCUCCCCAAGGGAUCUCUUGGAGGAGCCUUUGAACCUGGCCUAUCUCAAGAAGGAGUUUGCCAGCUCCAACAACAACGGCAACCUCGACAAAAGCACUAGCCCCAUGUUCAGUAUUAACCCCUUCGGUGCCAAACCUUUAUACACGUCGCUUCCGCCGCAGAGCGCAUUUCCUCCAGCCACGUUCAUGCCCCCAGUCCAAGCCAGUAUCCCAGGGCUGAGGCCAUACCCGGGGCUGGAUCAAAUGAGCUUCCUACCGCACAUGGCCUACACUUAUGCAACAGGAGCAGCUACUUUUGCUGAAAUGCAGCAAAGGAGGAAAUACCAGCGGAAACCAGGUUUCCAGGGGGAGCUGCUUGACGGAACAGCAGAUUAUAUGUCAGGCCUGGAUGACCUGACAGACUCUGAGUCCUGUCUGUCCCGGAAGAAGAUUAAGAAGACAGAAAGUGGUAUGUACGCGUGUGACUUGUGCGACAAAACAUUCCAGAAGAGCAGUUCCCUCCUAAGACACAAAUAUGAGCACACAGGUAAGCGGCCACACCAGUGUCAGAUCUGCAAGAAAGCAUUCAAACACAAGCACCACCUUAUAGAGCAUUCAAGACUGCACUCCGGCGAAAAGCCAUACCAAUGUGACAAGUGUGGGAAACGCUUCUCCCACUCCGGCUCCUACUCCCAGCACAUGAACCACCGCUACUCCUACUGUAAGAGGGAGGCCGAGGAGCGGGAGGCGGCCGAGAGGGAGGCGCGCGAGAAAGGCCACCUGGAGCCCACGGAGCUACUGAUGAACCGGGCGUACUUGCAGGGCAUCACCCCUCAGGGUUACUCCGACUCGGAGGACCGGGAUGGCAUUCUGAGGGAAGGGAUGGAAGGUGGCAUGCGAGAACGGCAGAAGGAAGUGGAAGGAACGUACGCGAAGAUAGGCAGGCAGCACGAAGAGUUCGAGGAAGAGGAAGAGGAGAGCGAGAACAAGAGCAUGGACACAGAUCCGGACACGCUGAGGGACGAGGAGGAGAACGCUGAGCACUCCAUGGAUGAUAGCUCGGUAGACGGGAAAACAGAAACCAAAUCAGAUCACGAGGACAAUAUGGAGGAUGGCAUGUAAUUAACUACUGCAUUCGAAAGCUUCCCACUUUUUUUUGUUCUUUUUUUUCCAGUAGCAUUGUUACCUGCUUGAUUUAAAACACGCUGCUGUGGUAAAGCUGUACAUGCACGUGCCUGAAGCUUCCAGGAAGCUUGUAUUGAUGGAGUCAAGGGGGAGGGUGACAAUUCUGCUGAGAGGGACAUUUUUUUGAAGUUUGAG